GACCAUAGACUGUAUAGAAUCUGACCUGACACCUGCUUGGCCGACGACGUAAAGUUUAUGCGUAAAGUGCGUAAAACGACAGGGUUGGUCGGUUCAUUCAUAACAGAUGAGCAGACUGAUUGUCUCUGGGCGGUGGUAUCAACUGGAGAAAGUACUAUGUCGAAAAUGGCAAAGCGGAGGAUCACACAGGAAACCUUUGAUGCUGCUGUCAAAGAAAACAUGGAUGAAUUUGAGAUGGAGCCUGGGGAGGCUCUGAGGGAGGCUGUGGAGCAGUUUGAGUCUCAAGGUAAUGUAGCUUAAUGAACAAAUGAAUGGAAAGCUAUAGAUGUUCUCUAACUGUGCGCAAAACACUAAAUUAGCCUUAUUCUGGUACUUCCGCACAGUUGUUAUACCUGUCCUCGUGUGUUGUUUGGCAAGAGGUGGACAAAGUACACAGCUUCAUUACUUGAGUCAAAGUAAAGAUACUCCAGGUCAAAUAUUACUCCAAAACAUGUGGAAGUUGCUCUGUCAAAUAAUUACUUGAGUUACAGUACUGAAGUACUUGCUUUUAAAAAUACUUAAGGAAGUAAAUCUUAAAAUAUCUCUAAACGUUGUAUUUUCACAAAGCACGAGUGCAGUCAAGAAUACAUAGGAGUACAUUCUGUUACAUUCUGUUAUUUAGAAACCAUUACUUGAAAUCUCUAAAACUAUACCAUGGAAUAAAAACAGAAACUAAGUUACUCCAAGCACAGACAACUAAGUUUGAAAUGUUCAUCUGGAAUGAAACAAACAUUACGUAGCUCAACACUCUUUCCUCGGUUGGACAGUGAAUGUUUGUAUGUUUGAGCAGAGUGGGAAACAGGGAGAACAUUUCAAAUGAUCAUUCUUUAUUUCAAAAACCUCUAACACGGGCUGAAGAUAUGGCCAUGGGUGCUCAGGUGGAGAAUUAUAGCCAUCAUUACCACCUCUACAUAAACUGCCUGAUCUGAGUGAAAUCUGCUCUGUGUUUACUCCAUGUUCAACCGUGGAGACACACGACAUACAGGUAUCACUAAACCACUGAGACAAACAGAACUACACAAACACAUUGUACUGUCUUAGGGAUCAUAUUUCAGAAAAGAGAAAGAAAUUCAUGAGCUGUAUUCAAAGCAAAAGUAGUGAGUAACUAGAGCAUUGAUAGAAAUUUAGUGGAGUAAAAAGUACAAUAAUUGUCUUCUGAAUGUAGUGGAGUAAAAGUAACAAGUUUCCUCAAAAAAUAAUACUCAAGUAAAGUACAGAUACUCAAAAAAUGUACUUAAGUAGUACUGUACUCAAGUAAAUUUACUUUGUUACUGUCCACCCCUGUGUUUUGCUGAUUUGAAAGUGUGGUAGUGUUGUUUGCUACAUACUUGAAGCAUAACUAUUUGCAUUGUAACCAUAAACCUAUUUUCGCAACUGCGACUGUUGUCCUCGUUGUUGAUGUUGUUGCUCUAUGUUUGUUUCUGUCCAUCCCUCUCUCUGUAUCUCCCUUUGUCCAACUUUUCAAGUCUGACACAGCCGCGACAGAUGGCUGUUCCACAUGAGUCUGGUUCUGCUCGAGGUUUCUGCCUGUUGAAAAGAAGUUUCUUUACCUUACUGCAUUGUUAUACAUGUCGGUCUGAUCAAUAGAUCAUAUAGGGGCAGAAGUAUAAAUUUGAGUCAGUUACAACCAGCCUAUAAGUCACCCUAUUAUGGAUUAUUUUACAAAUAAAAUCCCCCUCAAAGUGCAAAAAUUCCCCUUGGGAAGUUUUGAAGCUCCUCCUCUCCUGACUCUCACUGGAGCCACAUCGUUGGUAUUCAUAUUGGAAUAAUGUGCAGCAAUCUUAUACCAUUACUCACAAUCUGUUUUUUUGCUAUGUUGAUAUUUUUCAUUUUAUCUUGAACCUGUUAAUCUAUGAAACUGCACUCAAUAGCCAUACAGAAUGCUGCAUAAAUAUCUUUAUAUCAUUAAUGAACUUGAUAGGAUAUAGUACACAAAACCUAUCCAUAUCAUUUAUCCUUUAAUGAAUGUCUUUUACCAUUUCCUUUUUUCACCUUCUAUUUUCUUAUCUUCAAAGCAUUAACCCUGAUCUUCUGUGUGGAUGCAGGUGUGGACCUCAGUUGUAUAGUGAAAGCUGUCCCAGCUGUAUCAUCUGAGGAUAAACAAGAGGAGCAAACACAUGAAGUGCUUCAGGUUUUAGAAUCCCUCCAGAUUGGGAAAGACUCUGCUGGUGUUACCGAUACGAUGGCAGACUUAAAACGCUUCACUGAGCAUUGCUCACUUGGAUUCGCCCAAAGGUACCUGGCUGCCCAGAAAGAUGCCUACCCCGUCAUCCUCUCCUAUUGCACAAAGAGUAUGGAGAAGAAGGAAGCUGUGUUGACCGCCCUGUCCGCUCUAGUUGCACUGACAGAUGGACAGCCGGAUCUGUUGGAUGCAGAGGGCCGACAGUUCCUUUUAGAUGUCCUUAAGAAGUACCAGGCAGACUCCUCUGUGACAUGUGCGGCCAUCCUUGCUGUUCGUCACUGCUGUUUAAAACAUGAACAGAACAGGCAGGAUUUAGUGAAGGGUGGUAUACUCCCUCUGCUGACCAGAGCCACUACACAACACAGUGGAUGUCCUGAGGUGAUUAAAGAGGCCUCUGGAGCUCUCAGAGUCAUGACCUUUGACGAUGAUGUGCGAGUUACGUUUGGGCAUGCCCAUGAGCAUGCAAAGAUGAUUGUCCUGGAGCAUAACGGACUAAAAGUUUUAAUUGAGGCUGCAAAAGCUCACCUCGGUGAUACUUCUGUUCUGAGUGAGCUGUGUGCCACUCUGUCCCGUCUGGCAGUAAGGAAUGAGUUUUGUCAAGACAUCUGUGAUCUGGGAGGGUUGAAACUCAUUAUGACCCUCCUUUCAGACGGCUACGAGAGACCGGAGUUGUUGCGGCAGGUCCUCAGUGCAAUACGAGCUGUGGCAGGAAAUGAUGAUGUGAAAGAUGCUGUUGUUAAUGCUGGUGGGGUCCAGCUUAUUGUCAUUGCCAUGAAUAGACACAUUAGCAACCCAGCUGUAUGUGAGCAGGGCUGUGCUUGCCUCUCUGUCCUUGCUCUGCGCAAACCAAACAACUGCAAAGUCAUCAUGGAGAAUGGAGGAGCCCUGGCAGCUGUGCAGGCAAUGAAGACGCACGCUGAUGUGGUCAAUGUGCAGAAACAGGCAUGUAUGCUGAUGAGAAACCUGGUUGCACGAAUGCAAAACUACAGUCAGCUAAUCCUUGAGAUGGGAGCGGAGCCCCUGAUAACCCAAGCACUGCACACCCACGAAGACUGUGGGGAUGUGGGUAAAGCAGCCCUCCGAGAUCUGGGAUGCCAGGUGGAGCUCAGAGAGCUGUGGACUGGCAAACAUGGCAGCCUUACAAACUGAAAGAAGAGAGCAUCGCCUACAAGUGUUUACUCAUACCAUGGGUGUUCCUAACAUGAAGAGUUACACAAGAAGAAAUAUUAUAAUUCUGAGAUACAUAGCUAAGAGUUUGAGCAGAUGCAACUCCCCGGCCAGACGUAUAUGUAAGAAGUAGUUGAUGUAGAAAGGGCAUGUGAGCAAGCCAUCAGUCUGACACAACCCCUUUAAGAGGCUGAAUAUACUUUUCCUUUUUUCCACCAGUACAAAAGUUUCAAUGUAAUGAAGCAUAUUUGUUUUGCUAUCUGUUACUAUUUUGUUCUCAAUACUAUCAGAUGUAAAUUUUUAUUUUUGUGUAUUUUGGUUAUGUGCCAUAGGUAAAUAUAAAUAUAUUUACUGCUAUGCAUAUACUUUUUAACAGCACUUUUAUUUUCAGAUUUAUGUUCCUUGUCUAGUCUCUGAUCCCAAUUUCAUCAUGUAUAGAAUGCCUUAAUCAGCACCUAUUCAUAUUCAACUUUUUUUUAAGUUAAUUUAUGCCCUAUUAUUAUGUACAACUGGAAAAUAUAAUAUAAAGGCAUACCACUGAUACACUAUACCCUGCAUGAUUACGAUAAAACUCUCUUUUCUUCA